GUUUCUUUAUCCGGUACAGCGCUGGCGGAUUUCGAAACGACCGGUUCUCCUUCCACGAUUGGCUUUCGGGACGACCGAAAUAAAGCCGGCUCGCGUGUUCGCGAUAUCCUCGCGGACUUUACGAUCCUGCCUACGGCGCGGUUUGUAAAAGUGGCACAGCUAUGCCCGAAAAUGCACAACGCACAACUUAGACCGCAGACUCGGAAUAUAUGUCAUGAUCUACGAAAGAAUGUCCACAGCCCGCAUCGAGUAUCGGACACCUUUUUAAGUGGGAGACCAAACGGGGAUUUCCAUUGAAUACGAAUGACGGUCCAGCGAGAGAAAAGGGAGAGAGAUCCGUUUGAAUGAGCGGGCGUUCGACAAAAAGUCUCGUGACGGUAGUCUUGUACAACACGGUCGAGCGAAGUCUUGAACAUGAAAUUCCGCGGAGGAGCUUCCUAUCACGCAGAGCGAUUGACGGAACUAGAGGAAGGAAGUACUUUGAUCCGAACGAGGACGGAGCAUUCGACAGCUACGGAUCCGCGGGCGGCGAGUACGAUCCAUACGAUUAUAUGACAGAUCUAUCUGACAUCAGAAAAAAUGUGCCGGGUGAGCCAGGCGUCGACUAUCCUGCCUACACAACGUUACCUCAGACAGGAUUUACAUGUGAAGGACGCUCACGUGGCUAUUACGCCGACGAAGCGGCCGGGUGUCAGGUUUUCCACGUGUGCCAUGACGUGCUGGUGUCCUCCUUUCUGUGCCCGAUCGGUUCGACUUUCAGCCAAAAGCUGCUGACGUGCGACUGGUGGACUAAGGUCGACUGUUCCUCCAGCAAUAGAUACCUCGAAAAAAACCGUGACAGCUACCAAAUUGACGACGACGAGAUGAUCCGCAAGGCGUACGCGAUGAUUAGCUUGCAAUCUUCUACGGAAGAAGUCACCAAGGACGGUCUGGUGGAUCCCGAUAGCGGUGCCAGGACGAUUGACUAUUCCGCGCUCAGUGGCAGAAUUGUGAUGGGUUUUUUACCCGGUGGAUUCCACAGAAUAACGAAUUACGCCGCCGUUGAUGCAACCAAAAAUGAUUUGCCGAGCGGCCUCGAGGAUUAUCCUCAUCGGGACGAGCGGCGAAUUUUCAAUUACGAUAACCAGCAGCAGAAAAGUAUUAAUCCGGCGUAUCAUCAAGGCAAACUGCACUUUGAAAACAAGGACCGAUCGCCUUAUCACGCUUCCCUGAUUAUUCGGCAUGAUUAUCAGGAUCGAAGCGAGAACGAGUUCCAGGAUGGUUAUCACAGAUCCGAUAGCAGAUUCGCUAAUCGUUUGCAGACGUCUUAUGCGCCUACUGUUCCUACUGUUACCACGACCACUCGAAGAUUCUAUUCGCCUACGGUGCCGACAACCUAUCGACCUUCCACGCUGGCAUACAGCAAGCUGGAUUUGAUGGUGGACAGCUCCGAUCAUCUUUAUGCGCAUAGCAAGACUCCGGUAACUUCUCCCACAUUUACUCGUCAGAAUGAAGAUGUAAGAAGCGCUAAUUUGAAAGAAGGAGAAACGGAGGCACCAAAAGAAUCAGAGAGUGCCUCGUCACCGAGACUGGACAGAGAUAACGGAAAGAAUGACAGCGUUCGUUCUGAAAAUGACCAAAUGCACUUCAGUUUUGAGGAAAAAUCAGAGACAAAUUUUAGAAUCAAUGUGACUGGUGCGAUUGAUGAAGAUGUAGAAAUAUUCAGACAGCAGAACGAUAGGCCAAUAACCAAACUCGGUAACGAAGAUAGCUUGGAAGACAUUGAAACGAAGGACAGCAUCGGAAUUGCUCGAACAUUGAAUAAUCCACUUGAUAGGAUGAUUAUGCAAAAUCAAAAUCCUGUAAAGAACGAGCGAGUAAGCUUGCCUUCUAUUCUGUCGCAAUCAAUUCCAAAUCAUUCUUUGAGAUUGUAUGAGAAAGAAGAAGAUGUGAACUUAUCGCAGACCUCGAAAAAGUCGAAUAUUUCCAACGAGACGAGAUAUGAUCAAUCGACAGAAGAAUAUACCACGAGUUCGACAACAAGGAGUUUUGAAGAGACAACAUACACGAAAAGUUUCGGUGAUAAGACGACUCCGUUACUGAGAAAUUGGCAACAAAAUGUUGAUGCUGCGCAAGCAUCAAUCAUUUCGGCAACUGCAAAACCUACGAUAAGUACGACAAGAAGAAGCGUUGAUGAGAUUAACAAUGAUAUCAUUCAUUCUUCAUCUAAUGACAGCCAUAUAACUGUCGACCAGAACACGUCGUCGACCAGAUCGAUUUCCACUUCCAACGAUGAUUCUAUAUCCAGAUUAAAUUUUGGUUUCAAGAUUCCCCAACCAGCGCAAUUUUUGCGACCUCCAGCGGAAAGCUUUCUCAUCAACGUUCCCGAAGAAACGCAUCAUACAACGAUCGACGAGAAUUCCAAAACUUCUUUGAAUCCUGGAUCGACAAAUACCAAGAUUCCGAGAUUUUCUGACAUACCAAUUGCGAUCAAUCAAGAUCAAUCGCCGAUAUUCAAUGUUGAGAAGCAGUCGCUGAUUGAUUACAGAGGCGAUUUAUCGUCUAAUUUAGGGAUUCGUUUAACUGUUCAACCUGUCGCUGAAAUAUCCACAUCUAUUCCAUGGCUUGUUCCCACAUUGCACGAUCGAGCGAUUGUUGAUGUUCCCGUGACUGACAUCGUUCCGCCGAUAGUCGAUUACAAUGAUGGUUUUGGUGAUUUUGUUCCGCCAAACGAACACUCGUACACAAUACAAUCUGAUCGCACAGAGAACGUGGACUCGCAGAACUCCUCGACAAUCUCGAAAAAUAAUAACAGUGAGAUAGAGACCUUAAUACAGUAUAAUAAAGGACUUCAAUUUACUAUCAGAGAUGCUGUCAAAGCACAAUUAGGUUUGAGAGCAAAUUCCAGAUUGCCAUGCUACUCUUCAACGUCUGAUGAACAAGGGAAACAUUGUGAGACAAAUUCUGCAGUUAUUGCUCCAAAAGUUGCGAUCUCUACGCCGAGUGUAGAAGCGAGAACAGUAUCAAUUGGCACAAAAGCAACCCCAAAGAUUCCAGAACGUUUGAUUUCUUCAAGUAACACAAGCAUACCGGGAAGUUCGGCAACAUUUAUAUUGGAUGAAUCUUUGACUUCUACUACGCAAUCUCCAAUCACUAUUAAUAGCAAUGUUGAUGUAGAGAAAUCAAACUUGAAGACGGCUAUAACAAAAAGCGUACCAGAGAUCAAUGUUUCUGAAGAGAAAACAAUAAAGAACGCGACGGAGAGUAGUCUAUUGCGCUCGAUCCGUCCAGAAUCUUUAAAGCAAAUCGAGGAGACGAUUGAUAAACAUAAUUCUCCGUACGAAAUAUCUUUCACAGUUAAGAGAGACGAAGACUUAGAAACGACUCCUGACGAUUUUAUCAGUCGAUUGAUUGCACAGCAAUCGGCUUCUGUUCCAAAAGAUGAGCUAGAUGACUUCGAGAUUAUCAGAUCGAUCGAACCGGAAGACGAGGUCACUGACAUUUCGAAGUUUUACGAUGCUAGUCACGCGUCUCUGAAAAAUAAAGAUAAUAGUUUCCCCGGUGUUGUCGAUGAUACAAUCGAUCAAUUCAAGCAAUCAAAUUCAAAUAUGAGUAUGCUGAAUCUUCUCCAAUUGAUGGCUGAAUUGUUAAAAUUGGAUCGGUUGCCGCGACCAUUCUCGGCGAAAGAUCUACGUAGUGCCGAGUUGAGGGAUUCGUUUCAUCUAGAUCUCGAUGAACAAUCAGAUGCUACGACGAGUCCGCUAUUGAUUCGUUCGCAAACUAGAACGUCAUUCAAGAACGCAAAGCCCAAAGUGUCUGCCAUUGAUACAUUAAAGACACCUGUCAAUAUUGUCAAACCGAAGGCAUCGUUGGAUUUCAAUGAACCAUCGUUCGUUACUAGUUCACUGUUGGAAACCAGAUUACCAAUUGGGGAAAAUGCAGAUUCCGAGAUAUCUUCUCUUAAAGACACUUUGAGGACACCCAUUAAUAUUGCUAUCAAGCCACUUCCUGAUGUUUCUUCUAGAAUAAAUUCUAAUAAUAAUGCAGUAAAACAGAAGACGAGUCAAUUGAAAGCAGAAAACAAGACUCGACUUCAGAAGCAGGAAAUCUUGGAACAAUUGACGGAAAACUUUGGGCAGCCUCUAUAUCGUGAUCAUUCGAUCCGUAGACCUCUCGUCUUCGAUUUGCCACAAGUACAGAGGAGUUUGGAUUUUGAGACUGGUUUGCCUAUAGAAGAGAGCAAACAUGUAAUUAGCGAAGCUGAGAAGGUAAGUUUAGCGUCCUUUGCAGGGGAAACAACGACGACGACGAUGCCGGAAUCGACUACGACAACGACAACAGAAUCUGUGAAGACUAUCGUCGAGACCGAAUUUGUUCCUUCUCUUGGUUUCUCUUUUGAUACCAAUGAAGGCCGUGAAGAAUACGUUCAGGCAAUUCUUGAAGGAUUAAUCGACGAGCACACCGAUAAAGAUAGCAAGAACGAAUUCAGCAGCUUGCAACUAAUAAACGGAGCCCCGAAAAAUGAAACUUUGAACUCCGAACAGCAUGAGAACUUGAAAGACACUUAAAAGAUAUCUAAAAAAAAGUGAAAGAUUAGAAAUAAUUAUCUUUCUUGGCGGAUCAGUUUUGUCAUUGUUAAUUAAUUAUAAUAUAAUUAUUCUUUAUUUUUUAUAAAAUUACAAUUAGAAGAAUUAAUUAAAGCUUAAAAUUAAUUGAAUAUGAGAGAAAAUAAACUCUGCUGUUUAUGUCUGUAUUAUUUAAAGAAUGACGUAACGACAUAUUUUUUAAUAUUGAUUGAUAUGUAAGAUAGGAAUAAGCUUGAUUUAAUAUCACGUUUAUAUAACCAGUCAAAAAUAAGUAAAAUGAUUAAAAUAAAUAAUUAGUAAAUAUGAACACAUUUAAAGUUACAUUAAUUAAUAUAGUGCAUAUUAACCACAAGAUUAGAUUUAUUUAAUGAUAAUAUAAUAAAAGAGUAAUGGUAUAACGACCCCUAUAGCGUAUAACUAUUUUUUUUCACGCUCAAAUAUAUAUUUUCUAAUGAUAACAUAUAGUUAAAAUAUUACAGAAGUUGUAAAAUGGAUUUUAUUAUUGACUUGAUCGCGAUAUAAUAGGACUCGAUAAAUGUUAAUAAUGUUUCAUACUUUUAUGCUCAUGUGUGGAGGAGGAUUAUAUGUAUAUGUGUAACAAUAUGUGUAUUUGAUAUGUAUGUAAGAGACGUACGUAGAAUUAUGAAUAUUUUUUGUACAUCUCAUUUAAUUCAGAAAAUACAACAGUGUAUUAUUUUUAAAUAUAUCUUUCCCUAUCACGUUAUACAAAUUUCAUUGUGUAAUCAAUAAAUUCUCGCUUACCCUAUGUAUCCUACUUUUACACCGAGACAGUGUUUCACCAUGACAACGGCGUCAAACUUAUUCAUUAUCCGAUAUUUCUCGAAAAAAUGCGAUUCAAUCAAGUCCGAGUGUGUGUGUGUGUGUGUGUGUGUAUCAUCAAGAAGUAUCACAUUCUGUAAUAUAGUUAUUUACAGUGACGAUUCCUCUAUCUAUAAUCAGUUGUAUAAAUAAAAUAGUAUUAAUCUUCUUAUAAGAGGUAAACUUUAAGGAAAUACAAUGACAUAUUACGCAUAUAGAAUACAGAGGAAAUAAAUUGUGUGAAGUACGA